AUGGGGGCAGCAAACCUCGACGGUGACACGCCUGCAGGCGCUGUUGACCCAUUCACCACGGUGCUCCUGAUUGACCAGCCGCACCUGUCGGAUGACGACUGUGUCCAAAGCAUCAGCUGGGGCGGCGGCCCGCUGUGCGCGCUGUCCGCGGCGACCAAGCACAGCGUCAGCCUCAUAUCGCUGGAACCGUUCCUGCGGAAGCGCCGCACGCAGCUCGAGGAGCAGCGGCGGCAGCAGCAGCGGCAGCAGCAGCAGCAGCAGCAGCAGCAGCAGCCAGCCGCGUCCCCGAGCAAGCAUGGCAGCCGCGACGCAGACGGCAACGGUGUCUUCGACGGCAUCGACGCCGCCUUCGUCCACAUGCCCAGCAGCCUCCACUGCAAGCUGGGGGUGUUCAGGGCGCACGUGCCGAUCCUCAGCCACCAGUGGACGCACGACGGCCAAGGGCUGCUCGUCAGUGAUUCUAAUGGCGGCGUCACGAUGCUCGAGGUCAACGCGGCGGCGGCGCCCCUGGCCAAGGGCGGCGCCUCGCGGCAGCAGCUGGGCGGAGGAGGCGGCGGCGACGAGGAGGAGGACGAGGACGAGGAGGAAGAGGAGGGGGGGCAGGUCGAGGAGGGCAGCGGCGAAGCGGCGGCGGCGGCGGCGGCGGCGGUCGGCGGGCAGCUGAGGGGCGCGUGCGUGCGGGAGCUUUGGCAGGCGCGCGCGGACGCCGCGCAGGAUCUGCUGGCUGCGGGCGCGCGCGCGUCCGGCCCGUGCGCGAGCGUGUCGCGCGACAGCCCGCAGCGGGUCGUGGUUUGGUGGCCGAGUCGCAGCGCAAAGACUGGGGAGUACGUGGUGGGUGCGGAGGUGAUCCGCCACCCUGUCAGGGUGGUGCACCUGGAGUGGAGCCCCGCGCUCGCCAGCGACGGCGGCAGCGGCGCCGCGGAGGAGCAGCAGCAGCGCCAGCAGCAGCCGGCGGCGCCGGCGGACGCGCCGGACGGGCGGGAGCAGCAGCCGGAGCAGCGGCGGCAGCAGGCGGCGGCGGCGGCGGCCGGGGACGAGUUGCCGGCGGCGCACCAUCCCGCGCUAAUGACGGUGGGGGCGGACGGCGUCAUACGCGUUUGGGUCGAGGUCGUCAUGGCAGACAUGGAUGACGCGCCGUUAGUUACCCCUGGUGGCCCAGCGGCGGCGGCGGCGCCGCCGCCGCCGCAGCAGCAGCAGGCAGCCGGCGCCGCCAGCCCUAGCAAGUCCAGGGCGCCCCCGCGCGUGAUGUCGCAGUUCUGUUUGACACUAGUCGUCGAGCCACCUGCAGGCGCCGGCGUCUCGCCGGGCGCCCUUCCAGGGAUGACGGCCGCUUGGGUGCGGCCGCUGCGCUGCGGGCUGGCCCCCGGCGGCGCGGCGAGUGGCGGCGGCGGCGGCGGCGGCGGCGCGGGCGGCGACGAGGCGGCGGCGGGCGCGCACCGCGUGCUGUGGCUGCUGGCGUCUUACUGCGGCCCCGCGCCUGCGCAGCAUCACCAGCAGCACCAGCUACUGCAGCACCACCUGCAUGCGCAGCCGUCGUCGCCGACCCGUGGCCCAGGGCUGGCGCACCCUGCGCCUGCGAUGCUGGCGCCUGCGCGGCCGGCGUGGGUGGACACAGUCUUCUUAUGGGCUAUCGACGGCCUGUCAGGCGUCGUUUUGCGCGGCAUCGCCCAGAACGCUAUUACCGCGUCCAAGCUGAGCGCGCCGCGCGCGUUCUUGUGGGGCCGGGACGCGGCCGCGCCCGGCUGGGGCCGGCCCGACGCCGCUGCGCAGCCGGGGGCGCGGCAGACGCUCGCCGCCUGGCUCCACACGCCGCCCGCCGGCGCGCCGCAGCUGUACUGCUCUCAGCAGUACAUGCACCCAGGGAACGGGCACCACGAGCUCCGCCACUUUGUCACCCAGCCCCUGCCCCUGCAGCCGGCGGAGCCCGGCGCCCCCCCCACCUGCGGCAUCGCCGUGCACCCGCGCCACGCGCGGCGGCGCCGCCGGUCGCCCGGGCAGGCGGCAGAGUGGCGCCAGUUCUGCGCGCAUCCGGGGGCGCCGGUCGCGGUGGGGGUAUGCAAGGAGGGGCGGGUGGCUAUCUGGGGGUUGGCCCCGGUGGAGCUGCUGCUGACCACAGGCGCGGCGGCGCUCGACGCCGUCGAGCAGCAGCAGCAGCAGCAGCAGCAGCAGCAGCAGCAGCAGGAGGAGGAGGAGGGCGUGGACGGGCCUCGCGUGCCGUCCAGCUGGCUCGCCUGUGGCGCGUGCUGCUGGCUGCCGGCGCCAGGGGCGGGGCCCUACCUCCUCGCAUCCUGCGGCGCGGGCCGGCUCCAGAUCUCCGCCAUCUGUGUAGACCGCCCCGCCAGCCGCGGCGCCGCCGGCGCCGCGCGCGGGGCGCCCCCGGCCGCGGCGCGCGUGGGGCGCGUGGCGCUGGUGUUCGACGCGCCGCUGCCGCAGGGGGCGCGGUCGGUGCGGGCGCUGCUCGAUGUCUCGUCAGAGGUCCGCCCAGGCGGCAGCGGCGGCGGCGGCGGCGGCGGCAAGGAGGAGGAUGGCCCGUCUGCAGAGGUGACGCUCGUCGGCCUGGCGUCCGCCGCCGAGGGGCCGAGCGAGCGGGAGGGGGACGCGUGGGUGGUGUGGCGCGUGAAAGUCAUGCGGCAGCAGCAGGAGCAGCAGCAGCAGCAGCAGCAGCAGCAGCAGCAGCAGCAGCAGCAGCAGCAGCAGCCGCAGCAGCAGGGCGCCGGGGCGGCGGCGGCAGGGUGGGAAGUGGUAGUCUCAGAAGGGGCCGUCUGCAGCGUGGACGCCGCCGCCGCGGCGGCCGGCGCGCUUGGCGGCGGCUCCGAAAUGGGCGACGGCGCCGCCUCGCCUCCCGCAGCCGGGCCUGCCCGGUCCGACGGCACGGAUGGAGAGGAGGGUUCGGCUGUGGAGGCGUCGGCUAGUAUAUCGUGUAUUCAAAGGCCGAGCGCCGCGGGCCCGUUCUUGAUGACAGGCGAUGUGGAGGGCCGCACGCAGCUGUGGCAGGUGCUGCCCGCGUCUGCGGAGGCUGCGCUGAGCCUCUGCGGGUCUGUGGCAGACGGCGGCGGCGCCGUCGGCGGCGGGGCCGUGCAGCUGCUGCAGCAGAGCGGCUGCGGGCUGAUGGGGGGCCACCUGGGCGGCAUUGCGGUCGCCGUCGCGCUGUGCGCGGGCGCGGGCUAUGCGGCGGCGGCGACGACGUGCGGGGAGACCGAAGUGGAGGAUGCCGUCUACAUUUGGUCAGCAGAGGGCGCCGCCCCGCCCCCGCACCCGGCCGCGCCGCCGCGCCGCCCCUCCGCCCUCGCCGGCGGCCCCUUUGUGCUUGAGUCCCUCCUGGCCCUGGAGGACACCGCCUCGGCGGUCGCGUGGCUCGACAGCGGCGGGCUCGCGCCGCUGCUGGCGGUGGGGUACGCGGGCGGCGCGCUGGAGCUGUUUGGUCGGGACAGGAGCAAGCCGCGAUGCUUCAAACUUUAA